GUGUGAGAACGUGCCAGAGUUAAAGUAGCUGGGUAGGCAGCUCUUCGGCUUAGAGGAGCAGCAGCCGAGUUUGAGGAUUGGGUCAAACGCAGACGACGUUGGUUCGGGCGCUCGGGAUGCCACACCAAAAAAAAUUAAAUAUGUUCUUGAAAGCAGAAAGCAAAGAACAGCAAUUCUCACAAGUGAAAACGAGCAAAUCCAUUUUUGAGCCACAUUAUUAUUAGUGUAUUAAACGCAAUCACUGUGUUAGUACGAUGAAUUAGGUAUGCUGCCUUAAGCCAAGCCAAUGCCUAGAUAGCCGUUUCGGAUGGCUGUGGUUGGUGCGGCUCUCAAGGCUAUCUCGCGAUUUCUCGUCGCCCGCGAGGGUAACUCAACACGCUUGGAGACCAUCGCUAGUUUCCGAUUAUUAGGUCUUGGGUCAAAGCGAACGCAAGAAGCCAAGCCUGGCUUGGGUUCUGCGCAUGCACACUUGAAGCCCGCAAUUUUCUUGGGUCCCCAAGCCGCUUGGGUCCUCACUUCUAAAGCUCUCUAUUAUACUGUACACUGCUGCCAUGAUGUAGGAAAUUACAAGGUCUCUAAAAGCGAAUCUUAAGCCGCAGUCGAUGCGCGAAGUGCCUGAAGCGCAGUGGAAACCAAGUAGGAAUUGUUGCUCGGCCAUAUUAUAACCCUUUAGGCGUAAUGACCUACACAUGUUUUCAGAAAGAAGUAAAAUGAAUAGCCCAUGUUAAAAUGCUGAGGACAAAUACCAAAAAGAUGACAAGAGAUGUUGCACAUCCCAACUCUAUGACAUCACAAACGUACGACCUUGUGUUUUAGUAGAUUACAAUGUUCUCAUGUGCGUGUGGCUGUAGUGGCAGCAGCGUGGCAACGAUAGUACCGUGCAGUGGAUGCAUUUUCAACUACCCGAGGUGGCUAAGUCCAAACACCAGCCCUCCACACCAGCCUAGCUGUCACCACACGCUAUUUCGAGGCGUCAACGAACAUUAUUAGUUCUUUCGCUUACUUCGUACCAUUGAUCGUGUUUAAUUAUCUCUUCUUUUCUUGCGCUGCUAAUAUAUAUCUUGUGUUACAAAGACUUUUAAAUUCCCGUCCAUUUAGAGUUUUUCUAACAGCUGUUGGUCGUUUGUGUAUGCAGGAAAUUGCACCUUAGUUUCUGUUUCCCACAAGUCUACGUCGUCGCCUUGCUUGGUGCCCUCGCAAUGAAUCGCAGCGUUCAUAUUCUGGUUCUCUCUGACGUGAUGUUUGAGAGUAAGGCAGUCCGGACGCUCGGGCACAUGGUGGAAAGGAAUCGAACGAUGAGCGUUCUCGUUGUGGACCUACCUAAGAGCAUCCCUAGCAUCGGCUACAACCCCUGGUGGCAGCGUUUUGACAUCUGCAAGGAACUGGAAAAGGCAGUCCCGCACAACCAUUUCCUAUUGGUUGUCAAGGUAACCGCCGGUGAUCAGAAGAACAGAGCGACGAGUUUUACCAUCAUGGAAGCUCUCAGGCGUAACAGCAUGCGCGUCAACAAAGCGGUCCGCUUUGUGUCCGGCUCGAUGGAAAGAAGGGACGCCCUUGCCUUUGACAAAGUGAAGCGCAGCUCGUCGGUGGUCACCGCACUGUUGAUGAGGCCGAGCAUGUCGCUGGACGAUAUGUCGAACGAUGCGGAGGCUGCCAUGGAGAUGGUGGCUGACGCGCGCCGGGUGCUAGCCUCCAACUACUUCAUUCUGACGGGCGUCGUCAAGGCCAAGGUAGUCUGCAACGCCGACUCCACGGGAACGACCACGUUCGACAAGCUCGACGAGGAUCUGCAGGCGCAUAUCUGUUCCUACCUCAGGUUGACCGAUGUCGCAAACGUCCGAGAAGGGUGUUGACUCAUUUCCUUUUACUUUAUUUUAAAACUGCAUCAUCUACUGACAAUGACACUUUAUUACGUUGGCUUCAGUGGUGGAAUAGACGGGAAUUGAUUACCAUGAGCGCUAUUUACAAAUGCUCAUUUAAAGACUCCGAAAGACCAUAAUUUGCGUAGUCCAUGUAGUUUACUGAUAGAGCCCAGCUAAUUUAUGCAUGACAAUGUCUAGCGUAAAUUUCGUCCCCGUUCUUACUGACACAUGGUGCCGAUGUUAGUAAAGGCGUCAGCGUUCGCUGUAUUAUUCAGCAAUUUUUAUACUGGUAGCACUCUCAUGCUGUGCAUUUGCUAUCGCAGCACCUUGAAUUUUAUUUUUACUCUUUACUUGAAGACAUGUAUUUGUUUCUUGCUUCGUGUGAUGUACAAACGGUAAUUUCGUGCCAAUAAACGUAAAACGGGAAAUUUUGUAAUCCGAUAAAUAUCCCUCCCGCUUUCUUUAACCGUC